AUGGGUCUUUCCAUCGAACCUCCCUUGUCAUACGGGCCUCGUCUAGCCGACGAAGAACGACUAGCUGUAUUCGACCGCGCCCACGAAAUUGGGGAAACCUUUUGGGACAGUAGUGAUUUCUAUGGUGACUCCGAGGACCUUCUCGGCAAGUGGUUUGCCACGUCCGGCAAGCGUUCUGACAUAUUCCUCGCGACCAAGUUUGGAGCCAUUCCCAACGGACCAGCCGAGUGGACUUUUCGUGGAGAUGCUGCGUAUGUCCAAGAAGCCUGCCAGAAAAGCCUGAAGCGGCUCGGCACCGACUACAUUGACCUCUACUAUCCACAUCGUCUAGAUGGUUCCACACCGGUGGAGCACAUUGUCGCGGAGAUGGUCAAGCUCAAAGAACAAGGCAAGAUCCGUCAUUUGGGUCUCUCUGAAGUCUCCGCAGAUACUCUCCGCCGAGCACACAAGAUCCACCCGAUCGCGGCGGUUCAGAUAGAAUACAGCCCCUUCACAACCGACAUAGAAGACCCAAAUAUCGGGCUUCUAGCCGCGUGUCGCGAGUUGGGCGUCGCCGUGGUGGCCUAUUCGCCGCUUUCCCGUGGUUUACUGACUGGUCAAAUCAAGAGCCGUGCGGACUUUGACAAGAACGACCUUCGCCUCAGCUUCCCGCGCUUCUCAGAAGAGAAUUUCCCCAGGAACCUUGAAAUCGUUUCUGCCUUGCAGGAUAUUGCAAAGACAAAAUCGUGCACCACAGGGCAGCUGGCCCUGGCCUGGCUACUGCAUCAGGGGGAUGGUAUUUUUCCUAUCCCGGGAACAACUAAGAUCAAGUAUCUGGAGGAGAACUUCGCCGCAGCAAACAUUGAGCUUAGUUCUGAAGAGGUGAGCCGCAUCCGCUUGCUGGUCGACAACGCUGCGUCAGGGGCAAAAUGGCCCGAGGGUCUGGCUGUGGCUCCCUUUGCAGACACGCCGUUACCAUAA